UGCUCACAGAGCUGAGCUGUCGCGUCCUGUCGACAGCCCGAUGUCGUCUCUGUAUGCGACGGAAGAAGUUGAUGGACCCGCAUAGUGAGACCACCAAACUCACCGCAGCAGCAGAGACGCCUGUUCUUUUCGCGGAAAACUGCGUGUUAUUUGAAGCCGAUGUCGUGUUUUAGUGGUGAUCCCAACUUCUGCUCCGAAUGUGGGAAUGUUCUCCCUCUUCCUGGAGUGCAGGACACAGUCCGCUGCCCCCGCUGCUCCUUCUGCAUCCCUGUAGCAGAGUUUUCAGGCCAGGAGAUCCGCUCUACUGUGAUAUUCAACCCAGAGGAGCAGUUGUCGGUGGCUCUGGAGGACGAGGAGGCCUCCGACCUGAAGGGACCUGUGAUUGACAGGCGCUGCUCUCGUUGCAAUAAAGAGGGGAUGGUUUACCACACCAGGCAGAUGAGAUCUGCAGACGAAGGACAGACUGUCUUCUUCACCUGUAUACACUGCAGGUAUCAAGAGAAGGAAGACUCCUGAGAGGAAGUCCAGCUCAGAGGAAGUCCAGCUCACCCUCUCCAUGUCUUCCAGUGUUGGUGUCAGAUGGUUGGAUGCUUUCCCAACACAUGGAUUGUAAAUCUAACAAUGGGCCCUUCACCUUUGCUUUGCAUAAUGACGCUGUGCCCUGCAGAGCUGACUGGAAUGUAGGUGGGGAGAGCUGAGUGAGCUGAAAGAGAAUGUGUAGCGUGUGUUCUGGGCACUCGAGGCCCUCCCUGUGGCUCACUGCUCAACCAUGCCACCGACUUUCAGAGAAGAAGGCUGAUGUGCAGCUUGGCAAAUCUAUACACAUUAUCAACCUUUCAAGGUCCUUAUAUUACCAUUUCUACUGAAUAUUGCCUGUAACUUGUCAUCCUAAAACUAACGUUUUUCCUGAAUAAAGUGUGUGGCAUGUUUUU